GGGGGUACUGCCUCAGUUAUUCCGAAACGAUAUCCCACGGGAACAUGGGGGUUAUUUCCGUAGUCUAAAACACAACUCCGUGAUUUAAAUGACAUAGACUUCGGCCAUCUUACCGACGACAUAUUUUCCCUGUAUUUUAUCAGUCACCGUUUCGGGAACAUUAGCAAAUAUGCGCCAUUCGUUUCUCGUGAGACUUAUUGGAACAGCGCUGGGCGCGGGCGUCGCUGUGUGUUUGACACAAAGAAAAAGCACAGUACAUGCAUUCUGGACAACGAACUCCGAACCGAACGUGAAAUGGGACCACAAUUGGGACAGGAGGGGAGAAGAAAAUGCCAGUUCCCUGACCCUCGUUCCGGAUUACAUGGACAGAGGUAGCCCAGCUGAUGACGAUAUACAGCAGCCGACAGCCACCCGUCAUCUUCUGCUCGUACGUCAUGGACAGACGACAAUAGAAAAAGACGACACAAAAAGAAUCUUAACACAACUUGGCAGAGUUCAAGCCGACUUUUGUGGACAGAGGUUGAAGGCCAUGGGGCUUCCAUUUACAAAGAUGGUGUCCUCAACUCUCGCCCGAGCUGUGGACACAGCGGACAUAUUUCAUCGGUAUCUCCCGGGAUUACCAUGGCAACAGGACCCUAUACUGUGUGAGGGGAUUCCGGUACCACCCGAGCCGGCAGUAGGGCGAUGGAAGCCGGAAAAACAGUUUCAUGUAGACGGAGUCCGCCUAGAAGUCGCAUUUAGGAGAUACUUUCACCGAGCAGACUGCAGGCAAUCUUCCGAUAGCUACGAAAUUAUCGUCUGCCAUGCUAAUAUCAUUCGUUACUUUGUUUGCAGGUCUCUGCAGUUACCACCUGAAGCCUGGAACCGGAUGGGUCUCAAUCAUGCCAGCAUCACGUGGGUCAGAAUCCGUCCAACGGGACAAGUCACGAUGCUCCAAUACGGGGACUCCGGCUUUAUUCCUGCUGAGCAAGUCUCGUUUAUAUGAAUUUGUUGUUGUCAACAAAAAUGUUAAUUGUUUGGGGUUUCUUGUGAUCUAUUAAUAUUUUAUGAUCACACACUAUGUGUUCUUAUUCUUAAUGAGUAGCGUCUGAAUGGAUUUUCAAACGAUACUUUUAAGUUUACCGGUCGAAGUAGCUUGUUUCGCAACUGCGAGAGCCCAGUUUAGACCCCCCGCCCCGAGUGGCAGCGUCAAACCUAUAUUAAACGUUUAAGCUAGUUUGUAGUGAUUGCAUAUUUUAUUGAUCAUAGGAAGACACAAAUGAAUGAUAAACUGGAAGACUUAUAAUAAGCUUCUCCCAUGUCAACUCCCCAUAUACAUGUAGAAUUAUGUACCAUUGUCACUUGAAUGUGGUGUUCAUGUCUCGCAACCGAUUGGAUAUACGACAGCACGUUUUGCAUCAUCCUCACAAUUAAUGUCAAGGCAAUAAAUAACCUUUACAUUGUGAGGAUGAUUUUGCACAUGGUAAUUUUUUUUUAUCAUUCAAGACAGACUACUGACAAAUAAGUUGGGUGUGUUACUCCAGGGCCUAUCACACGGCUAUAAAUGUUGUUACAUGUAAUUUCUUGAUCCACCCCUCUAUAGACUACAUUAUAAAUUUAUGAUUUUUAAAAACAUACACGAUUAAAUCAUAUAUAACUUUCA